AUGCAAGAAUCACAGAAGCAGAAUCAAGUCGUUCUCAACGUAGAGACUCCAAACUCCAUACGCAAACAGUCUCUAAAAAAAUCCCCCGACCUACCCUCCGAAGAAAAACCCCCAAAUCCUACAACCGCCACUCGCUCCCGCACCCUCCAUCGCCUCCUUAGCCACUCCAAGGCCAAGGCCCGCUUUGGUGAGCUCAACGACCCCCACCCUCUCAAACCCGCCCCAGUCUCCGAAGACCACCCCCCCGAAUCCGAAUCCGAAGACGAGCGAGAUGCAACCGUUAAGGACGGCAGAAAGAAGCACAAGAUCAACAUCCGGGCCAUCGUUGAGUGGGCUGCCUUCAUCGUCAUCACGGCCUGCCUCGUCUCCAGUCUCACUGUCACGUCCCUCCGCGACCGUAAACACUGGGGGCUUGAGCUCUGGAAAUGGUGCCUUACGGUUCUCGUCAUCUUCUGCGGCCGUCUCGUUUCCAGCUGGCUCGUCCGCUUCGGCGUCUACCUCAUCGAGCGCAGUUUCAUGCUACGCGAGAAGGUACUCUACUUCGUUUACGGUCUGCAGAGGGGAGUGCAGAUCUGCGUCUGGAUUUCCCUCGUCCUGCUAGCAUGGACACUGAUUUUCGAUCCGGAGGUCGAAGUGUCGAGCCGCUCUCGCAGGCUCCUGAAGAAGGUCACACGCGUUCUUAUAGCAGCUCUGGUGGGGUCCAUCAUAUGGCUGGUGAAGAUCGUGCUCGUAAAAAUGCUAGCAUCGUCGUUCCACGUCUCGACCUUCUUUGACCGGAUGAAGGAGAGCGUCUUCCACCAGUACAUAUUGGAGACGCUGUCCGGAGAGCCGCUCGGUGAGGUGUCACGGUCGCCGAGCCAGACGAAGUCGAUGCGCCGGUCGAAGACGCUGCCGGCCCGGCUUUCGAUGAGGAGAGACGGGAAAGACGGGAGAGACGAGAUGGUGAUCGACAUGGAGCAGCUGAGGAAGCUGAGCGAGGGGAAUCCGUCCACGUGGGGCAUGAAGCGGCUAAUGAGCCACGUGAUGUCGACGGGGCUGUCCACGAUCUCGAAGACCGUGGAUGAGACGAUGGAGGAUUCCAGUGGGAAAGAAGGUGAGAUUUCUAGCGAGUGGGAGGCGAGGCAGGAGGGCAAGCGAAUCUUCCAACGCGUCGCCAAGCCCAACGCCAAGUACAUCGAAGAGGAUGAUCUGUUGAAGUACUUGAAGAAGGAUGAGGUCCGGACCAUAUUCCCUCUCUUCCGAGGAUCUGAGACUGGAAAGAUCAGAAAGUCAGCUUUCAGGGACUGGGUGGUGAAAGCUUAUAAUGAGCGGAAAGCUCUUGCUCAUGCCUUGAAUGAUACCAAGACAGCAGUGCAGCAGCUACACAAGCUAGCGAGUGCAAUUGUGAUCGUGAUCAUAAUUGUGGUGUCUCUGCUGGUGAUGGGGGUCGCGACUACCAAAGUUGUAUUCGUCAUCACAUCCCAAUUAGUGCUUGUGGGAUUCAUGUUUGGGAACACCUGCAAGACCAUCUUUGAAUCCGUAAUCUUUGUCUUCGUCAUGCACCCUUUUGAUGUUGGUGAUCGUUGUGUUAUCGACGGUGUCCAGAUGGUUGUGGAUGAGAUGAACAUUUUAACGACCAUAUUCCUCCGUUUUGACAACGAGAAGAUUUACUACCCCAAUGCGGUGCUGCUCACAAAGGCCAUCAGCAAUUUCAACAGAAGUCCCAAUAUGGGUGACAACAUCGAAUUCUCGAUAGAUGUUUCUACUUCAGAGAGCACCUUCAACAACAUGAAGACUUCCAUUCGAAUGUACAUAGAGAGCAAGCCCAAGCACUGGCAACAACAACACUCGGUGGUCGUGAAAGAGAUCGAAGAGGUGAACAAAAUGAAGAUAAUUCUCUACAUUCUACACACCAUCAACUUCCAGAACUUCAUGGAGAGGAACAACCGACGGUCGGAACUCAUCUUCGAGUUGAAGAGAAUCUUUGAGAACCUCAACAUCAAAUACCACCUUCUCCCUCAAAAGAUUCAUCUCACCCAAUUCACCACGGCCACUGUGGGUAUGCCGGUUCCAUGACAACGCUGAUGCCGAUCUGGGCCAUGAUAGCGUCUUUGCCCACCCUGGAAGACAUCUGGGUGGUCUUGAUCUGAUGAUGAUGUAAUGGCACUUUGGCUUUUAAUGGAAGUUGUGUGUGGCGUUUGUGUUCUUCCAACAAGUUGAGCGCAGUGGGAAGAAUGCCUGAUUUGUGUGGUGCCCAAUGUCUAGUGCGUGUGACAUCCACUCCCACUCCGUCCAUCAGGUGUGCCUUCUACUUCACCAAGCAUCCUGAAAACAAUCCUGAUCCAAACCUCUGUUGGGCCGAACUACAAAACCAUUCACGAAUUGCCACUUCUGAUUUUUGUAUCAGGCUACAUUUUAGAGAGUUUGUUCAUCCUGGCUGGGUGCACCUGAUGAAUGGGUUGGAUGGAACGCACGGAACAAAAUGUACCCCAUUUGGCAUCACCUCCCAUUGUUAUCAUUUUGUGGUCCACCUGAAUUGUAGAUCGGGCUGAUAUUUGUUACCAAGUCCUUAAAUCGAGGGGUGCACCUGAUGGACAGUGGAUUUUCCACACAAAACAUGACUACUGUAAGUGUUCUG